CGAUCCAGAGACAGUUUCGGUAUUUACAGAGGAGCCUAUGAACUGAAUGUAUUCGUCCGGGAGUCAACCGCGACCUACACACGGGCUGCCACCUAAAGAACAGAGUCAUGGCGCCCUUGUCAUCGCCUCUGCCUUCUCUCCUGAGACACAGGGGCUGUCUGCAGAAGGCGAAUGUUUGUAAAAUCUUACAGGGUUUACACCACCGGCCGUUCAGGUCUUGCUUGUGGAAACGGAAUUUCGGUGCGGCUUACCAUGGAGUCGGUCAACUACUGUCGCACCAGCACAGAGCCAAAAACUACGCAGCAUCAGUUUACAGCUCCUCAGACGGUCAGGACAUGACAGAGAGGCUGUGGUCUAUUUACAAUGAGACCAAGAGGCAGACAGAAGAUUUGACCCCAGUCAUAUCCACCAACUCAGUCAACCCUGACACCAUUUUUGCCAACAAUGAGAUGAGCCUGCGAGACAUAGAGAUCUAUGGCUUCGACUAUGACUACACCCUGGCGUUCUACUCCAGCCACCUCCACACCCUCAUCUUCAACAUAGCCCGCGACAUCCUCAUCAGUAACCACAGGUAUCCAGAGGGUCUGCGAAAAUAUGAAUAUAUCCCAAAUUUUGCUGUGAGAGGACUUCACUAUGAUGUUCAAAAGGCACUGCUGAUGAAGAUAGAUGCUUUUCACUACAUCCAGUUGGGAACUGUAUACAGGGGUCUUCAUCCAGUUCCUGAUGAGGAAGUAAUUGCCAUGUAUGAAGGUUGUCACGUACCUCUAGAGAACAUGAGCGACUUCUAUGGCAAGAGUUCCCACGGCCACACCAUGAAACAGUUCAUGGACAUAUUCUCCCUGCCUGAGAUGACCCUCCUGUCCUGUGUCAAUGACUUCUUCAUGAGGCACAAUAUCGACUACGAGCCAGUCCAUCUCUACAAAGACGUGAAGGAAGCCAUUAGAGAUGUUCACGUCAAGGGCAUUAUGUACCGAGCUGUGGAGGCAGAUAUCGAGAAAUACAUUUGCUAUGGUGAGCAGAGUCACGCUGUGCUGAAGAAGCUGUCAGAGCAUGGAAAAAAGAUGUUCCUCAUUACCAACAGCCCUUUUGACUUUGUGGACCGAGGAAUGAGCUACAUUGUAGGGAAGGACUGGAGGGACCUGUUUGAUGUUGUUAUUGUUCAGGCUGACAAACCUAGUUUCUUCAAUGACAGGAGAAAACCUUUCAGGCGAGUGACAGACAAAGGUGCAUUGCUGUGGGACAGGAUUCACAGGUUGGAAAAGGGGCAGAUCUACAAACAGGGAAACCUUUAUGAGUUCCUGAGACUCACCGGCUGGAGAGGAUCCAAAGUGCUCUACUUUGGUGAUCACAUCUACAGCGACUUGGCAGAUCUAACGCUGAAACAUGGCUGGAGAACAGGUGCCAUCAUCCCUGAGCUGAGGAAGGAGAUCAAGAUUAUGAACACGGAGCAGUAUGUGCACAUGAUGACCUGGUUGCAGGCAUUGACUGGUCUUAUCGAACAGAUGCAGGUACACCGGGAUUCUGCAUCACAAGCUGUCGUUGAGGAGUGGAUCAGAGAAAGAGAAGCCAUGAGGCCGCAGACGAAGGACAUCUUCAACGCUCAGUUCGGCAGCCUUUUCCGAACAUACCACAACCCCACUUACUUCUCACGCCGACUGUCACGUUUCGCUGACAUCUACAUGGCCUCCAUCAGCUGCCUGCUCAACUACGACUUGCAGCACACCUUCUUCCCCCGCCGUACCCCUCUGCAGCACGAGUCCCCAUUCUGGCCCGAGCAGAGCCACGUCAGCCUGAGCGCCUCCUCACAGCCUCACAGGACCAAAGCAGAGUCCGAUUAGAGAGAGAGAGAGGAAGGCAUUAACAAGGAUGACAUCUCCAUCGCUGGCUUAAACACAACUUCUUUUUUCAAGUUUUGAGGCAUGACUUUUUAGAAGAUGCAUGCCACAUUGCAAAUUAUGUAUAACAGGUAACAACUUCUGAUGUUAAGCUUUAAACUAGUUAGUUAUGUAUGUUAUUUCAAGGAAUUCAGCCUGUAAGAGGAACAAUGGAUUUAGUGCUUUUUUUUUUAAGCCAAAUGACACAUUACAGAAUGGGCAUUUUGACAAUGUCAUUUUAAACAUGCAAACUUUGUAUUUUAGGUUUGUAUUUAGAAUUCGAAGCAUUGAAGGCACUGAUUGUUCAAGGUUUGCAUGUGUGUGUGUGUAUGAGAGAGAGGUUUUUAGUGUGAGAUUAUACACAUGUAAUGUCAGAUAAUGCAUUUACACAGUUUUAACAAUAGGGGGCAGUCACACAUCAAGUCUUUCAAGUGGAUCUCUGUAGUAUGAACUGUGCACCUAAUCUUCGUCUUUUUUAUCCUUUGUGUCUGUAAAACUGUAAGACACUGUUGCAGAAACACUCAGAUGUGACAUCUACAUUACAAACUCUGUUGCCUUAAUCUCUUGUUCACAUUACUGCGAUGUUUAUAUUUUUGUAAUAGCCUAAUAUUGUUUAUGGUAAUUAAGCUUUUCAAAUUUUGCCAGCAAGCAUUUUAGUUCAUUUAAUUUUGAACUGAAUGUUGUGACACACGUUGCACACCCAUUUUCAGAUGUUUUAAGCAUUUUCGCACAGCACAGCCUCUAUGUCUCACUUAAGCAGAUGACAAAUGGUAAUAUUUGAAGGAGAAAAAAAUAGAGCAUUGUGGAUAUAUUUAGAAUGGGUGUUGCUAUUUGAUCUGUGAAGGCAGCAUUGAGUUUCAUGGGUUUGUCACUUUUUGCAGGAAGAUGUGUGAAACGCUCCCACACAUGCAUAAGUGAAGACUGGAGGAGGAGGAUAGAUUUUAUAUAUAUAUGAGCUGGAAUCUUAGAGUUUUUAAUGAAUUUGGAAAAAAGGGAAUUCUUGAAUACCACUGGCCACAGCCAGGACCUCAUGGUGUGUUUUAUUUAUUUGUUUCUGUAGUUCUGAAUGUGUCUUGAUGACGUGUAUUUUUAUUUCACUAUUUAUUAAAAUAGAAAUGGCUUAAUGA